AUGGUUGGACCGCACCGAUAUCGUGGUCUCUCCGCCUCGGAGUACGAUCUCAACACCGCAUCAAUACCCCCCUCUACAUCCGAGCUGCCACCACCGGACCAGUUUGCAUUCAGCACUACACUUCGCAAGGCGAAUCCAGACGAACCAUACGGCCAUGGUGCAGGAGACCACAACGCAUACCCGCCAACAUUCGGGUCUCCUUCGCGUGGCAGGUCACACAAGCACCACGACUCGGACGCAUCCAUUCGGAAGGGCGCAUCGAUCGAAGUACAGCGGGUCGGCGUCCCCUCAUCAUCCUCAUCUUCCUCCAUCUACGCCGACCUCUCUGCCUCCGCGCGCUUCACGCAUCUUUCGGUGCAGCAGUGUCUCGAGGCUCUUCACUGCCCUUCUCUCGAGUCGGGCCUGUCACCGCUCCUAGUCCACGAAGCCAGGCUCGAGGCGGGCGGCUACAACGAGUUUGCCGUCCGCGCUGGCGACGAGCCCUGGAAGAAGUUCUUAGCUCAAUUCCAGGAGCCCCUGAUCCUGCUCUUGCUCGCCAGUGCUGCCGUCAGCCUGUUGAUAGGUCAGAUUGACGACGCCGUCAGCAUCACCAUCGCCAUGAUCAUCGUCAUCAGCGUCGCCUUCUACCAAGAGCAAAAGUCCGAAAAGUCGCUCGAGGCGCUCAACAAGCUCGUUCCGCACUACUGCCAUCUCAUCCGCGAAGGCGUCACGUCCAGCGUUCUGGCCAACGAGCUUGUCCCAGGCGACGUCGUCACAUUCAGCACGGGCGACAGGAUACCAGCAGAUGUCAGGAUCUGCGAAUGUGUCUCCCUCGAGGUGGACGAGAGCACCUUGACGGGAGAGAUCAAGCCACGCAGAAAGCAUGCCGACAUCGUACCGAGGGGCGGAGCCACACCGACUGGCGAGGCAAACGGUGCCAACGGCCACGCUGCCAAUGGAACCAACGCCAAUGCAUCCGAGACGACAUCCAUCAAUGAGCGUGAGAACAUCGCCUUCAUGGGCACUCUCGUCAAGUCCGGCCACGGCAAAGGCAUCGUCGUCGGCACAGGCGUCACCACCGAGUUCGGUAUGAUCUUCAGCAUGGUCGACGAGGUGGAAGAGAAACGCACGCCGCUUCAACUCAACAUGGACGAGCUCGCCAAGAAGCUCAGCAUGAUCAGCUUCGCCGUCAUCGCCGUCAUCUGCUUGAUGGGGGUGUGGCAGCAUCGACCUUGGCUGGAGAUGUUCACCAUCGGCGUGUCUCUAGCUGUGGCAGCUAUUCCGGAAGGGCUUCCCAUCGUCGUCACCGUCACGCUGGCGCUCGGUGUAUUGCGCAUGUCGCACCGCAAGGCCAUCGUCAAGAAGCUGCCAUCGGUCGAGACGCUCGGCUCGGUAUCGGUGGUCUGCUCCGACAAGACGGGGACACUGACCACCAACGAGAUGACGGUCACCAAAUGCUGGACUGCCGAGGAUGGGAUCAUCGACGUUGCGGAUCACAUGUCGCACAAGCAUUCGCAAGCUUUGUCCAGAGCACUGCUUACUGGCAAUGUCUGCAACAACUCUCACAGGAACGAGCUUGGAACAAACGUGGGUCAGGCAACCGACGUCGCUUUGGUCAACAUCCUGAAAAUUUUUGGACUCGAAGACCAAAGGCCUUACUUCAAGAGAAGCGCAGAGGUCGCAUUCGACUCGGAGACCAAGUACAUGUCAGUCACUGGCGUGCUAAGCACAGGCGGAGCAGGCGCUGGCGAGGCGGUCUACGUCAAAGGCGCCUUGGAGGUUCUCCUGGCGAAGAGCAGUUCCAUUCUGGGCGCAGAUGGGUCACCAGUGCGACUGGACGAAAGCUGGAAGAAGAAGGUCACAGAGGCGUCUGAGAAGCUGUCCAGUCAAGGACUCAGAGUCAUCGCAUUUGCCUCGGGUCCGAGCGGCAGUCUCGACUCGCGCACACUGACUUUUUCGGGCUUGCAGGCCAUGCAGGAUCCUCCCAGGCCAGGCGUCAAAGAGGCCAUUGCACAGCUGGCUCGCGGUGGUGUACAGGUCGUCAUGAUCACGGGCGAUUCUGAGGUCACGGCUGUAGCCAUGGCGAAGCAGCUCGGCAUUCUGUCCCCGUCAUCCUCAGCCUCUACAACGGGGGUGCUGACAGGUCGUCAGAUCGACGCGCUCACCGAACGCCAGCUACAAGAACGCAUUCCAUCGAUAUCGGUGUUUGCACGCACGACCCCGAGGCACAAGAUGUCCAUCAUCUCCGCUCUGCAGUCCGCCGGUGCUGUCGUUGCCAUGACAGGCGACGGAGUCAACGAUGCUCCUGCACUCAAGAUGGCCGACAUCGGCAUCAGCAUGGGAAAAGGCGGCACGGACGUCGCCAAGGAAGCAGCGGACGUCAUCCUGGUCGACGACAAUUUUGCCACCAUCCUUUCGGCCGUCGAAGAAGGAAAAGGGAUCUUCCUCAACAUCCAAAACUUUCUGUCCUUCCAGCUUUCCACGGCUGUCGCAGCUUUGACGCUGAUCACACUCAGCACGGCCUUCCGGCUGAAGCUGCCGCUCAAUGCGAUGCAGAUUCUGUUCAUCAACAUCCUCAUGGACGGUCCACCGAGUCAGAGUCUCGGGGUGGAUCCUGUGGAUCGCAAGAGCGUCAUGUCGCGACCGCCCCGCGUUAAAAACGCACCGGUUCUCAACAGGCGCCUAUUCUACCGCAUCGGUUUCAGCGCUACCAUGGUCGUCCUUGGUACACUGUACGUGUACAUUCACGAACUGGUUCCUGCCGACAUCGGCCUCCCGCUGCACGACGGCGCGCACACCGAAAAAGUUGCAGACCAAAGAGACAGCACUAUGACCUUCACCUGCUUCGUCUUUCUCGACCUUGUGUCCGCCGUCCAAAACCGUGGCCUGUACACGGCGAUUACGGCGAACAGAAUGCUAGGAUUGACAGUGAGCAUCUCCUUGGUCGCACAACUGGGGAUGGUCUAUCUGCCUCCUUUGCAGGGGGUGUUUCAAACGACGGGGCUGGCGUUGGGGGAUUUAGUGUUCCUGGCCGCUAUUGCAGGGGUUAGUUUUGUGCUGCAUGAAGGGAGGAGGUUCGUCGAGAGACGGGUUGUCGAGAGGGAGUUGGGGGAGAGUGCCGCGGUAGGGAGUGGGGAGUGGGCGUGA